AUGUCGGUUAAUUUGUCUUUGAGUUCCCCAGACACUGAAGUCUUGGCUUCACAGCUUUCUAACCGAUCAAAAUCUACAGCGGCGGUCGAAACGACUUUCUGUGUCGUUUUGAAUAUUCUGGCGUUGUUGCUCAACAUGAUCCUCUGUUGGACCGUUUACAACAACGAACGCCUUCGUCGAAUCACCAAUAUCUACGUGUUAGCUUUAGCAGCCGCGGAUCUCCUCAUGGCCUCUUUAGUCAUGCCUUUUCUGUGCGAUGUUUCGGUCAAAGGAGGUUGGACAUUUAAUUGGUUUCCAUGUCAGUUUCAAGGAUACUGGUGUGCUGUGUUGGCCUACACUGCUCAACUUUUAUUUCCUCUUGCCGCUAUCAACCGUUACACAAGAGUUUUUCAUCCUAAAAUUUACUUCACAUUUUUUAAUGACAAGAAGUACAUUUUAUUAUCGAUAGCUGUCGUUUCGCUGUGUGCCUUAACCGCCCCUUUGCCGUACCUUCUUCGCGGGCACGAAUUCGCUUUCCAUCCAGGAAUGAUGAUUUGUUUCUACACAAUCGCGAACACUAGAGAAAAACAGGCCCUAUACAGAAUCAUUUUUUUCACGGUAUUACCCAUGCUUGUGGUGACAUUCUGUUAUUUUCGCAUUUACCGCACCGUAAUACGCCAUACUAAACGCUUCCAAAACAACGUCACGACGUCUGCCGUGCGAAACGCUAGCGCUACGAACAAGCUGUCAUCCGAUGAAAUUGUCAUCACUAAAACAUUAUUUGCAAUAGUUUUAGGGUUUUUCGUUUGCUGGACACCGCUCUAUAUCAUCACGUCUAUUGACACAGCCUUCGAAGGAUAUCGCUUACCAAGACAGGUUUAUUUUCUGGCUACCUAUUUCGUUGGUUUGAGCAGCAUUGCCAAUCCUAUCAUUUUUGGAUGUAUAAAUGCAAGCUUUAGAGAGGAGUGCAAGAAUUUAAUUGACGCUUUG